GUGGAUCUAGUGUCCGUGGUGCACAUUGCCGAUCAAGAUUACUACGACGCGUUGCAGGCGGAGCUGGCGACGUACGACCGCGUGCUCUACGAGAUGGUUGCUGAUAAGCAGCGCGCUUCCGCCGCCGCCGCCUCCGCGAGGCCCGCUGGCGGCGACGCGGACGGCGAGGACGCGCAGCGACGGGACAGCAGGUGGCGGCGGUUCGUGGGGCGCAAGGAGAGCGACCGCUGGAUGCCGCCCAAGCGCAACCCCAAGCGCAGGCGGCGGGGAGUGGUGGGGGCGAUACAGAGCUUGAUGGCGCGCAUGCUACGGCUGUCGUUCCAGCUGGACCACGUGGACUACCGCCGCUCCAACUUCUACCACGCUGACCUCGACCUCGCCACCUUCCUGCAACUCCAGGAGGAGCGGGGCGAGAGCAUGCUGUCAUUCGCGCGCGAGGUAGCUCUCCGCUCCACCAAGGCCAUCGUCCGCGCCACCGCAGCGCGCCCCCUCGCGCCCAACCUCGGCCCGCUGCGCCGCAUGCUCCUCUGGGCGGCGCGCUUUGUCCCGAUGCCGCUGGUGGGGCUGCUGGUGAUAGAGGGCGUGUGUGCGCCCGAGGGCCCCGGGAGCAGUGCGCUGGUGAAGGGCGCUGAGUUCCAGGCCCUGCUCAACCUCGACCUGUCUUCUGCUCUUAAAGUGGUGCUUGCGAGGCAGAUCACACUCGACACGUUGGACGGGGCAGCAGGCGUGAUGGCGUCAUCAGUAAUCAUCGGGGAGCGCAACCGGGCGUGCAUGGAGGAGGUGCACGAGGCGCUGAAGGCGGGCAGCAGGCGCAUUGCAGUGUUCUACGGCAGCGGUCACCUGCCUGACAUGCAUCUGCGCCUCACCACUGAGCUCGGCCUGGAACCGAGUGACCUCUCCUGGCGCACCGCCUGGUCCAUCCCCACUCCCGCCUUCGCUCCUCUGCCUGCACCUCCUCUUCCUUCCACUUCUGCUGUGCCGCCUUCCGACGUGGAUUCUGUUUCUGCUGCUGCUACUGCUGCAAGCGCAGCAGCAGCAGCCAGUUCAUCCGCUGCAGCGGCUUCUCCACUCGGUCUGCCCGCGCUGCCCCGCCCUGCCUCACUUCCUCGACCGGGGCUGGGGGCUGUGAGGCCAUGGUGGGGAGUGAUUGGUGAUGCCGGUUGCAGGAUGUGUGGAUCUGUGGGGCUGCCUGGCUGUGCUACUGUUGGGUGGGUACUUGUGUUGAUACCAUGUGUUGGAACAGCACUUGGAAGUGGUACUGUUCCUGGCUUGAUCACGCCACCGUCCCAUCGUGCUGUUGCCUCAAUCUCUCUCGAGGCUGGCACAGCGCCCAUUGCAUCAGAAGCCGCACCUCCACACACCAACGCUCCUUUCCCUCGGGUGCAACCCCCCUGUGCCUCCGUCCCUCCAUCCGUUUCCGCCCGUCAUCUCCUCCCCACGACCCUUGCGGAGCCCGUUUCCCACCUCAUUCCGCCUCUCCCCUUCCGCCGUCCGCGCGUCGCGCAGGGGACGGGCUUAGCGCCGCCGACAGCCGCCGUCGGAGAACGCGGAGCCGGAUAUGGAGGCGUCGCGUCGCGUGCUGGUGGCGGUGCGGGGAUCACGGGCGGGGCUGUCGCGCGGGGCGAGGGAGCGACUGGGAUUCGGUGGGUGCGCAGCGAGGAAUCGCCGGAUGUGUGCCAUGGGCUGCGCUUCUGUGUGCUGCUGGACUACUGCUGCCCCUCCUCGCACGACCUUGUUGCUCUGCUCUCGCACCUCAAUCAGCACGCUGAACCUUGUCCGCAUUUCCCCUUACUAGUCCCACUCUCCUCCCUACCCUUCUGCCUCCUCCCUCUUCCUUUGACCAUUCCCGCUCUGCUGCAGGAAUUAUCGCCUCUCCUCUCAGACUCCUGCCAUGCCUUUCCAAACCAUCAACACCACCAGCAUUGCUCCCACCAUCACCCACCCCAGCAGUCAUCCCCCCUUCCACACCCACCCUCCCCCUUCUCCACCUCUGCUGUUCCCCCUACCGCCUCUCCUCCACCCGCCUUCCCGCCCGCCCCCAACCCCUCCUCGCCCUACACCCCCCACGCCCCGCCUCACCCCUUCCCGCUGUGCGAUGCUGCGGUGGCAGCAGCAGCAGGGGACGUGGGGGUGGUGGAGAUGGGCGGGGCGUGCUACCUGGUGCGCGUGAGUGCACUGCAUUCGCUGGCUGCACAGGCAGAGGGAGGGACACACACUGGUGCAUUGGGGGCGCGGCCAUUGUCGCCACUGCCAGUGCCGCUGUCAACAGUGUAUGAUGGCACAGCGCCAAGCGUCUCAGCAUGCACGGCACUGGAUGGCCUCUUACCCGUGCUGUCCCGCAUGCCGCCCCUGCUGCUUGCAUGCCGCAAUGCCUCUCUGCAGGAGGUGCCUCCCACUGACGCCCAGGCAACUCUCACCCACCUCCUCUCCUUCGUCCUCAACCUACUGUCCCCACCCAUAGCUCUCGCCACCACAACCACACGCCCCUCGCACCCGCCGCCGAUGCAGCAGCAGCAGCAGGAGGGUGCGUUGGGAACAGAAGGAGCAGCAGCAGAAACAACAGAGGGGAGUAGAGGAGGACACGAGAGGGUGGGGGAAUCAGGGGGAGAAGUGCGUGCAGAGGAUGAUGGCUUCGUGCGAGUUAGCAAGCCCAGGAGAAAGGCCAGGCGAUGGCAGCAGGAGCAACAACAGCAGCAGCAGGAGGUACGGGAGAGGUUGCAUGGGGAUAAUGGAUGUCGUAGCGGAACAGGAGGAGGUGGGGAGGAUGGAGAAGGCAGGGGCAGUGAUUGUGGUGUUGGGAGGGCGACGGGGAGCGGCAGAGGAGCAGUGGUGGUGAUGCAGGGUGAUGCCGCGUUGAGGGCAUGCCAUGUGGCCCUGCCCACUGUUAAUGGCUGGCUGUUGGGCUACCCCGUGGUGUAUCUGCUGCCCGCCCUGCCCCCCCUGCACGCCUCACCUCAGCCGUUCCCCUCAGAGCAGCCAGCAGUGCCGCCCGGUGAAGCCAUGGGUCGCUGCCUUGCUGCCACACCACUCUCCGUGCUCUCUGUCUCGGCUGCCUGCAGUGCAGGGGAGAAAGGCAGUGAGGGGUCAAGGCCGCAUGAUUCACAGCAGCAUGGCUCCCUCCGUCCCACCAACACACAUACACACGAGCUGCUCAGGUUCUCCGUCCCAUCCUUCCUGCUGUCUGCUCCAGACUCACCAUCCCCACACCUGCACUACCCCUGGCUGCACUCACUCCUCACAGCCCUCCAAUCAAGAACCGCCAGCUGUCCCAGAGCACGCUAUGGAGCGCCUAACGAGGCAGUUGAAUCAGAGGAUGGCAGGAGGGACAGUGGGGGAAGUGGGGGCAGUAGUACACUGGGAGUGCUGAAUGUCAGUGUGGGGGGUGGUGCUGCUGCAUGCAGCGUGCAAGAGGAAAGGGAGACAACGUGCUGCUGUACUGGGGCCAUCAUGUGCCAGGCGUGGCAUGAGAGGCAGCAGCAGGCCCUCACUGGGGAGAGGCACAGCAUUGCCUGGUGGUGCUGGGAGCAGCUGAGGGUGGCUGUUUCCCCUGCUGAGACAUUGGCAGUAGUUUUGUAG